UGGGUGUGUGCUUGUGUGUGCAUGUGUAUGUGCCAGUGAGUUCGAAAACUGGGCUGUUUUGACAUAUAGGCUUUGACGUGACAAUUGCUGCUACGAAAAUCGUAUUCCAAAUAGAAAUUUUCAUGAAUCGUGACACAUAUGCGAAAAGUAGCAAAAGUCUUUGAAGAGAAAAAAAAAAUAAAUCACUUUAGAAUGAAACCCGAGUGUGACUUGUGUUGGUGUUUUUGUUUACCGAAAAACUUCAUUUGAACAGCGAAAAAAAAAACCUUUUUGUGUGAACAACCAUUUGAUUCGGGGCAAACAAACAAGAAACUUUGUAUUGCGUGGUCAAGAUUUACGUUUCAUUUUCUUCUCUCGUUAUUUUUAUUUGACUGUGAUAACCUUAAUUCAGACAAUAGUUUUCGUCAUUCAUUUUUUAACAUGCAAGUGCAAUCCGCACUGAACGCGAAAAAGAAGAAGCAGUAGAAAUACAACUUACAUCGUAGUGUGUAAUGAAAAGAGACAGUGCUAGCAAAGACAUAGCAAGACACACUAGUGUGUGUGUUGUCGCAAUAUUGUAACAAAAAAAAUAUUUUCUUCUGUGGAAAAACCUUUCAUUUUUAAUGAUGUCGUAAUUUAAAAAAUAAGCGAAAAUUGUAGCGAAUUUGUGCGAUUCCGAUAUCCAUUGUAGAUACAGUUUUUUCCUUCUUCGAACGUUCCCAAUUACGAAAAGUGAGAGAGAAAAGAGCAACACAAAAUAAUCACAAUGCAGAAUAAUACGACAAAAAUAGCAAAAAAGACGUUCAUCGAACGUGCCCUCGAACAAAUAUUAGCUGACAAAGAUAUAUCCCGAUCGCAUCAUACACAGUUGAAAAAGGCUUGUGAGUCAGCACUCGGUGAAAUAAAGCAAUUGAAAGAUGGUGGUCAUAUUGAGGCGGUAGAUGGCCAAUCGACAGCCCUACCGAUGCCAAAAAAUGACUCCAACAAUGUAAUAAAUGCAGAAAAGUAUUUUCUACCAUUUGAAUUGGCGUGUCAAAGUAAAACGCCACGCAUCGUAGUCACAGCCCUAGAUUGCUUACAAAAAUUAAUCGCAUACGGACAUUUGACGGGAAACAUACCGGACUCAUCGAGCCCGGGUCGUUUUCUUAUCGAUCGAAUCGUUUCAACUAUAUGCAAUUGCUUCAGUGGGCCACAAACUGACGACGGUGUCGAACUACAGAUUAUUAAAGCACUUUUAACCGUUGUCACAUCACAGUAUAUCGAAGUGCACGAAGGGAAUGUGCUUCAGGCUGUGCGCACUUGCUAUGACAUUUAUUUAUCAAGUAAAAAUUUGAUAAAUCAAACCACGGCACGGGCAACACUCACUCAAAUGCUGAAUGUUAUUUUCACGCGAAUGGAAAGCCAAGCAUUUGAAACGAACUCGGAAGCGUCCGAUAAUACAAAUAAUACGCAAAUUCAGGUAGUUUUAUCGCCCGUCGAACCGAAUCCAAGCGAUAAAUUGCGCAACGAUGACACGAAUAACGAACAAAAUUCGACGAAAAGCGCCGACAGCGAGACGAACGAAAGUUAUAUGCGACAAGUUUUAGAUGAGAUCAUUGACGAAGCAUGUCAAAUAGUGGAAAAUAAACUACGAGCCAAUGGCGAUGAUGAAGUGAAACAAACGGCGAUGACGGCAGCUACAGAACAAUCAGAUGGAGUUCAAGAGACAAAUCAAGCUGAGACUGAGAUCAAAUUGGAUGAACCGAAAUCGUCGAUUGAACCGACCACGCCGACGACACCGAAACCGGGUUUCGAAUCCAUUCAUCGUGUACCGUCGCAGGAGAGUGUCGAAAUUCAAAGUGAAAAUGAUAAUGUUGUUACAGCCAAAUUCACACAUAUUCUACAAAAAGAUGCAUUCCUAGUGUUUCGUGCGCUGUGCAAACUCUCAAUGAAACCGCUGCCCGAUGGCAUAAUCGACGAAAAAUCGCACGAACUUCGCUCAAAAGUCCUAUCGCUACACUUGCUUCUGUCCAUUCUACAGAACGCCGGACCCGUUUUUCGAUCGAAUGAAAUGUUCAUCAUGGCAAUCAAACAGUAUUUAUGCGUUGCACUAUCACAGAAUGGUGUCAGCCCGGUGAAAGAGGUGUUUGAACUCUCCUUGUCAAUCUUUGUGGCAUUGUUGUCAAACUUCAAAGUGCAUCUGAAAAAGCAGAUUGAAGUGUUUUUCAAAGAGAUUUUCUUGAACAUUUUGGAAGCCACAACAUCAUCAUUCGAACACAAAUGGAUGGUGAUCCAAGCCUUAACGAGAAUUUGUGGCGAUGCCCAGAGUGUGGUCGAUAUUUAUGUGAAUUACGAUUGUGACUUAUCGGCAGCUAAUUUGCUGGAGCGUUUGGUGAAUCAUCUGUCGAAAAUUGCCCAAGGCCGUCAGGCCAUUGAGAUUGGCAUUCGGCCAAUGGAAGAGAAAGCAAUGCGAAUUCGUGGCUUGGAAUGCCUUGUCUCGGUGCUAAAAUGCAUGGUCGAAUGGAGCAAAGAUUUGUAUGUGAAUCCAAACUCACAAACAUCAUUGGGAGAACCACCGACCAAAGCCACGAAUGCGAACAACUAUGAAUCGAACAAUGUAAAUGAGAAUGGUACCACUCCACUGCGAUCAACGCUUGGCGGUUCGAGUCAAAGUCUCAACUCGAUGGGCAGCUCCAUAAAUCGUGAAGUGCUCGAUUUACCGGAAGAGCUGGAAGAACGAAAGCAACGCAAGGAAGUCAUGGAAACCGGCAUCGAUAUGUUCAACCGCAAACCGAAGAAAGGCGUUCAAUUCUUGCAAGAACACAAAUUAAUUGGAUCCACCGUGGAAGAUGUUGCCAAAUGGUUGCUGUCCGACGAACGACUCGACAAAACAUUCAUCGGCGAUUAUUUGGGAGAAAAUGAUGAGCAUUGCAAGCGAGUCAUGUGCGCCUACAUUGAUGCAAUGAAUUUUGCUGAUAUGGAUAUUGUAGCUGCCCUGCGACACUUCCUCGAAGGAUUCCGUUUGCCUGGCGAAGCGCAGAAGAUCGAUCGUCUAAUGGAAAAAUUUGCUAGUCGAUACUGUGAAUGCAAUCCGAAUUUGACACUGUUCUCCAGUGCCGAUACCGUGUAUGUGCUGGCAUUCUCAGUCAUUAUGUUGACGACCGAUUUGCAUUCGCCACAAGUAAAGAAUAAGAUGACAAAAGAGCAAUAUAUCAAUUUGAAUCGAGGAGUGAGCGACAGCAAAGAUUUGCCGGAAGAAUAUUUGUCGCAGAUUUACGAUGAGAUUGCAGGCCAAGAAAUCAAAAUGAAGAACACAGUCAAUAAGCCGGGUAAACAAAUUAUAGCCAACGAAAAGAAGCGUAAACUGUUGUGGAACAUGGAGAUGGAGGCGAUGUCAAGUACGGCGAAAAAUCUGAUGGAAUCCGUGUCACAUGUGAAAUCACCGUUUACGUCAGCUAAACAUCUAGAACACGUGCGUCCAAUGUUUAAAAUGGCAUGGACACCAUUUUUAGCCGCCUUUUCGGUUGGUCUACAAGAUUGCGAUGACCCUGAAAUCGCUAGUCUCUGCUUGGACGGUAUUCGGUGUGCUAUUCGAACGGCGUGUAUAUUCCAUAUGACGCUUGAACGAGAUGCUUACGUACAAGCACUCGCCAGAUUCACACUACUAACGGCCAAUUCACCGAUGACGGAAAUGAAAGCGAAAAAUAUCGACACAAUUAAGACAUUAAUCAUGGUUGCUCACACGGAUGGCAAUUAUCUUGGCAGCAGUUGGCUUGACAUCGUCAAAUGUAUAUCCCAGUUAGAAUUGGCGCAGAUGAUUGGAACCGGCGUGCGUCCACAGUUCCUCUCCGGUCCAACACAUCGCGAUGCGCUCGAUCCGAGCGUAAAAGAGCACAUCGGUGAAACCAGUUCACAGAGUGUUGUUGUAGCCGUUGAUCGGAUUUUCACCGGAUCGAUUCGGUUGGACGGUGAUGCAAUCGUUGAUUUUGUGAAGGCUUUGUGCCACGUAUCACUUGAUGAACUGAAUAGCGCACAGCCGAGAAUGUUUUCAUUGCAGAAAAUCGUUGAGAUUUCGUACUAUAACAUGGGCCGUAUUCGUUUGCAAUGGUCACGUAUUUGGCAAGUGCUCGGCGAUUACUUUAACAUGGUCGGUUGCAAUGCAAACGAAGAGAUUUCAUACUUUGCACUUGACUCAUUGCGCCAACUUUCGAUGAAGUUCAUUGAGAAGGGUGAAUUCGCCAAUUUCCGAUUCCAAAAAGAUUUCUUACGACCAUUCGAACACAUAAUGAAAAAGAACAGUUCGUCGACCGUUCGAGAUAUGGUCGUGCGAUGUGUCGCUCAAAUGGUUAAUUCACAGGCGCCAAACAUUCGAUCCGGUUGGAAGAAUAUUUUCUGUGUGUUCUAUUUGGCGGCGGGUGAUCAGGACGAGAGUAUCGUCGAAUUGGCAUUCCAAACUACGGGCAAAAUCAUCACUGACCUCUACAAGCAACAAUUCCACAUCAUGAUUGAUUCGUUCCAAGAUGCGGUCAAAUGUUUGUCGGAAUUUGCUUGCAAUGCACGAUUUCCCGACACGAGCAUGGAGGCAAUACGAUUGGUUAGAACAUGUGCACACAGUGUGUCCGAGUCACCCAAUCUCUUUGCAGAGCAUGCCGGCAUGGAAAACGACGUGUCUGUGUCUGAAGAAGACCGGGUUUGGGUGCGAGGAUGGUUUCCAAUGCUCUUCAGUUUGUCGUGUGUAGUGAAUCGUUGUAAAUUGGAUGUGCGUACACGAGGCUUGACUGUGUUGUUUGAAAUCGUAAAAACUCACGGCGAAUCGUUCAAACCGAAUUGGUGGAAGGAUUUGUUCAACAUUCUCUUCCGCAUAUUCGAUAAUAUGAAAUUGCCAGAGCAUCAAACGGAAAAGGCGGAAUGGAUGACAACAACGUGCAAUCAUGCUCUUUACGCAAUUAUCGAUGUGUUUACGCAGUAUUUUGAUGUUCUUGGACCGUUACUGUUGAGCAAUUUAUACACACAACUGCACUGGUGCGUUCAACAGAACAACGAACAAUUGGCACGAUCGGGAACGAAUUGCCUUGAAAAUUUGGUCAUUUCGAAUGGACUGAAAUUUACCGAAGACACCUGGGAUAAAACGUGCCAGUGUAUGGUGGAUAUUUUCAAUUGUACGCUACCAAAAGAGCUUCUCACGUGGAAACCGUCGAGCACCGAUCACAUAAACAAUGUUCGAAAUCAUUCGAUGGAAAAUGGUGACAUCCGACACAAUAACAACAGCCAACAAAUCCAUGGUAUUCUUAAGCGAUCGAAUUCACAACAUUCAGUCUAUAGUUUGAACGCUGAAGACGUUAAAUCGGAAGUAUUUCAUUCGCAAAAUAGUGUCUUUGCAUCGUUGCUAAUCAAAUGUGUCGUUCAAUUGGAAUUGAUUCAAACAAUCGAUAGCAUUGUAUUCUUUCCAACGACAUCGCGGAAAGAGGAUGCUGAAACAUUGGCACUUGCCACCGCUGACGCAACCGGUAAUAUGACGUCGAGCCAAACCGAAUGCCAACGCGAAGAACAAGGAAUGUACAGCUAUUUGAAUACGACGCAUUUGUUCCAACUCAUCGAAUGUUUGAUGGAUAGCCAUCGAUUUGCCAAACGAUUCAAUUCCGAUCAUGAGCAACGAAAUAUUUUGUGGCGUGCCGGCUUAAAGGGUUCCGUUAAACCGAAUUUACUUAAACAAGAAACAACAUCAUUGGCAUGCGUCCUGAGAAUAUUACUGAAAAUGUACUGUGACGAGUCGAGAUCACGAGAUUGGCCCGACAUUGAAAAUCGUCUGAUUGCCGUUUGCAAAGAAGCAUUCGAAUACUUUAUGCUGUUGCAGAGUGAAGCGCAUCGCGAAGCAUGGACCUCAUUAUUGCUACUUGUUUUGACUAGAAUCAUCAAAAUGCCAGAUCAACGGUUUGCUGCGCACGUAUCUAGUUAUUAUUUAUUGUUAUGUGAAAUCAAUUGCUUUGAUUUGAAACCAGAACUUAGAAGUGUCCUUAGACGUUUAUUCCUACGGAUUGGCCCGGUGUUUAAUAUAACAAGUGCCACGGCUUAAAUUAUAAUCAAAUAUGAUAUUUGUUCUUUUUUUUCGUUUUACAUUUAAUUCGAUUUUACAUUAAUAUUUUUCUUUGGACUUUAGGCGACAAAUGAAAUAUGUAAUGUAUAAAUACAAAUUUUCAAUUCCAUCGAUAAUGCUGUGCAGGCCGAUCUAUGUUGUUUCUUCUUCAUUCAAAAAUUUCUGUAAGAAAUCGCUAUUUUUCGAAUCAAACCAAUAACAAAGAAACAAAAAUCAAGUCUAAAUAUUUGAAAAAAAAGAAGAGUAAAAUGUAAAAGAAGAAGCGUAGUGUUAUAUGGCAUAUUUAUUUAAAUCAAAAGCUGUGAACAAUAUGUUUUGAGGAUUCCAAAUGUUUCGUCCUUUCUCUAGUUAAAUGAAAAAUCUGUAUUAAGUUUACUCAAUACAAUUCGAUUUAUCGAAACUUGUAUAUUGAAAAUAGUGAAAUGAGAAAUAAUAACGUUGAUUCAGACAUUUUGAAAUUCCAUUAGAAUAAACAAAAAAGCAAAAAAAAAUGAAUGAAAUUUUAUACAUUUUAAAAAGAAAAGUUUGAACGAAACCCGUUGAAUGCAUCGGAAUAUUUGUAUAAUCCACAAACAAUUUAAUAUAACUCUUUACGAAACGGUAGUUGAUAUAGGCUGGUUAUAUAAUAUUCCGUUGUUGCAAUGUUAUAGAGAGAUUCACAAUUAUGAGCGCGAAGUAAUUGUUUCUGUGGUUUUUUCCCCUUUCUCCUCCACAAUCACACCAUGCAUACACUUACUCCUGAUAACUCGACGAAACAUUACUAUCUAAAAACAAAACAAUCGUUUAAGAAAUUCACAUCUAAUUUAAGUGUAUUAACAGAAAAAUUUGAAACAAUUCCUACACUGUAAACUUUCUAUCCAUUUUAUCGGACUAAGACAAAAUAAAAUAAAAUUCAAAUCGCUACAAAUUACAAAAA